GUCACAUGUACAGCAAGAGCAAGAGCAAGUCACUCGUCGACCACAAUGGCAGGACGUUCUGGAUUUUCGGUGCUGGCAAUUGACGUGGACCUUGACGAGCGUGCAGGGAAGAAGAAAAGUGAUAAACAAAAGCCAAAGACAGAGGAAUCCAGCAAGAGGUCUGCGGGAAAUAAGACUCCGAGUAAAAAGAAGAAGGCGGCUCCCUCCAUCACGGCUGUCGAUUCUGGGCAACCAAGUUCCGGGCCUGCAAAAAUUAAGAACAAGAAAAAGUCCGGAAAAGCUGUAAAUGGAACAGACAAAGAUGGGCAAAACAAAGGGAACGAACAUCCACAUCUUAAAGUUGAUGACGACUGGCAGAGAAGGGAUGAUGAGUUUGUUCGGGAUGAGAAUGAGAGAUCUUUACGAGAAGCUAUGAUGCUCUCUAAACUGGAUUUUGAGGAAAAGAAACUCUUCUAUGCUCAGAUGAAGAAGGACCAGCAAGAUGAGCCCAGAGGAAGCAAAGGAAAAAAGAAGAAAGAUAAGCCUUUGACAAUGAGUUUGGAUCAGUUCAACAGCCUCCAUCUGAACCAGUUAACCGGAAGGCAAGAACCUGAGGAGCCCGAAGGCAGCGCAUCUGAACGAAUGCCCAAGGAAGAGAAGUUCUUUGAAAACAUUGACGAGGCAGCAAGGAAGACUCUGGAAAAGGAAAAUAGGCAUGAAAACUAUAAAAUAACAGCUGGACAGUUCAAUCAGGCACUCCGAGCAACCCAGUAUGAAGCCGAGCUAGAAAAGAGGGACUUUGAAAUUCAAGCUCUGAGGUUAGAAGUGGACUCGCUAAAAGAUGACCUCAAGUUGGUGAAAGGGAGGAAUAAAAAGCUAUGUGAGGUAAUAUCUGCGUCUGAAAUGAAGAGCAAAGCUGAACUGGUGGUUGAGUUGGACAAGAUGACAAAAGUACGGGAUGAACUCACUCAAGAAGUACAAAAUCUUUCAGCCCAGUUAGAACAAGAAAGAUCAAAAGUCAAUCAGCUGUCUCUUGAUGUUAAAAAGGCCCAUGGGAAAAAGAAGCAAAAUAAUGCAGAUGCAGGGAACAAAGACUAAGAAGAAGGUUCAUUGGUGCUGCGGUUUUCUAAUGCAGACAAGUUUUUUUUGUUAUUCGAGUCUUGUUAUGAAUUUACUGGAAAAUCAAACGGUAAGUCUCUGUAAGAAAAAGUACAAAUAUAGAUAAGAUCAUUUACUCAUGAAAAAUUACGAGGUUUAUAUUUUUGAAACCACAAAACGGACUUGAAUUAAAUUUUCAAAAAGGAGUCAGUAUAGAGUUCAUGAAAUGCAAUGAAUGGAAAAAAUAAAUAAAGUCUUAUAUUGCUGAGUUUAUAAAAUUGUGUCUUUAUUUUCAUCCCUUAAGAUUAGUGACACGGAUUCAAUACUGGUGUACAUUGUUUAUGUUUUAGUGACCCAUAGCGCACUCCAUUUUCUCUUUCUUGUUCUCUCUUCUUUCAGCUCAAACUAUUCCAUUUCUCUUGUUACACAUAUUCAAUACACAUAAAUUUCUCUUGUUAUGCAGUGACAAGGUUCCAGAGUUGGGUGCUGUAAUCGGAGGGGGAUAACAAUAAACAAGAUAAAUGGUUA